AUGACAGGGCACGAUAGAGACUCACGUCGUUGCCACCACCAACCCAACGAAAGCCGCACCAAAACUGUAAAAAUACUCAGUGGAGAUCGAGAGGCGAAAGACGAAGAACGCGAACGUAUUGUCAAGAACGAAAUGGGCUUGGCGCAACCGCUCUCUGUCAGUCCUCGAGGCUGUUGCAAACUCCGACUCGCGCUAACAGCUCUCGAGCCGUCGAGUGACCAAUUUCCUGGCUCACGAACUAAUUCUAUGGGUACCACUUCCAACCUGCGCCUACCAACUUUCAUGAUACUGGCAUCCAAAGCCCCUUUGCCACCUUGCAUCAUCUUCAUCAGCUACCCCGUGUCUGCCUCCCCGCAAGAUACACUGUCGACGUUGUUGACGGAGACAUAUACGGAGAACAAGGCGUUGAAGAAGAAAUUGACGAAUACGAGGAAACACGCGGAAAAGGCUGAGCGGCUGUUGCAAACGCUAACGGAUGCGUCGUCGUCGUCGCCCUCGUCCGAAUCGUCGGCGAAGUGCGUUAUUAUCGAGUAUGAGGAUCGAGUACAGAGGGCGGAAAUAGCAAGGGACGAAGCGGAGUCAAGGAGAAGGGCCGUCUUGGAGAAUUGCACACAACUCGAUCGUUGGCUGCAGUUCUUCAUCAACCACGACAACAUCCCGCAGAGCACGCACGCCAAGCUUAGAAAGCAAAUACACCCACCCACCAUCAAAACGAUCCCGCGGGAAUGGAGAACCGAGGAUGUCUUAUUCCGACUUGAAUCAUCAUGUCCCCCGGCGAUCACCACAAACCGCACCCACACACCCUCCCUUCGUCACAUUCACAUCUCCAUUGCCAUCAACAACACCAUCCCCAUCAUGCGCUUUCGCGUAGACCCCAUUCAAGAUCUUCAAGUCGCUCUAGCAGCGCUUCGUUGGACGUUGAUGAGAUGCUCUUUGAAGCCACUACAGCCGACGCCAUCAACGGCAUCGCUGCGAAUCAACAACCACAACAACCACCGCAUAUGGCGAGUCUUCCUUUACCAACUACAACCGCAUCUCAAAAUGGGUCCCCGCAUCUGUGGAGCCACCACUCACGAAGACACGCCGAGGAGGGGUAGUAGCAGCAGGCGCGUACACGUUUACGAGGGUCAACAAGCACAAGAGGGGGCUGGGUAUGUGUAUCCGGCUAAUCAGUCUGUCCCGAGGAAGGACCCGGGUCAGGUUCAGCAGUAUCAGACUCAUGUCUUUGCUCCGGUCGUUACAGGUGCACCCAUGAAGAAGCCAAAGUAUUCGGUUAGUGGGAGUAGUAUUGGAGGAGGGGGGAUUGUGGGUGCGUUGGCUGGGGGGCCUGGUGGACCAGCAGGAGGCCCAAUCAACGCACCGAUCGUCGCACCGCCCGCCCAAGUCUUCCCAGCCACAAACACCCAAGGCCAGAGGAUCUGCAGACAAUGCGGUUUCCCAAGACAGUAUAAAGACAACAAGUGCGUUGAAAAAUGGGGCCCUGGGCUGAUGGGUCCUAGGACUGUUUGUGAUCAGUGUAAGAAAAUGAAACGCGUCGAGAGGCGAGGAACCCUGGAGACGCAACAACAAAUGGCGGUCAUGCACCAGCAGCCUUCGCGAGGGGGGUCGAUGUCACAACUUCCGCUCUCUCAAGGCUCGGAUCGAUCGAUACAUAGGACGGAUAUGGUUCUCACACAUCAUGGAAGUUUCUUGCAGCCCUCGCAAUCCCAAUCGCAGAUUCUGGGGAGGGAGCCGUUGCCCGCACGCGCAAACCCAGGCUCCACCGCGUUCAUCGCACUCGCAUCCAUCCCAUACCUCGCAUUUGAGAACCCCCACGGUCUGAACCGUAGCCCUCCGCCUUCCAUAGCUGCGUUUGAGGAGGACGAAGGGGAGGAGGAGGAUGCUGAACAUGAACGUGAACAAGAGCAUGAUGGGGAGGAUGGCGAUUCAGAGCAGUUGCUGCUUUCGAAUGUUGGGAGGGGAGGAAAGGUUGGGAGUAGGAGUCGGGCGGGUGUGAAGAAAAAUGGUGCUACUGCCGCUGGAGGGAAGAGCAGCACUGGUGGGAGGAACACGCCUGCGGGUGGGGGGAGGAGCACGCCCGCGCGUGGUGGAGGGAGAAGUACCCCUGUCAUAGGAGGAAGAAGCACGCCAGCUGGAAGAAGCACUCCAUCAGGAGCGAGAAGGACGACGCCAGCAAACAAAAAAUCGCCGUUGGGUGCGGCAAUAUCACCCACACUUGGGAUGGAGGUGGACGAGACGGACGCUGAUGCUAAUGCGGAUGCGGAAGCUGAGGCUGAGGCUGAGGCUGAGAUUCUAGGUGCGGUUGAAGCGACUGGUGGUGGGGAUCAGGAGUUGGUUGAUGCGGAUGGGGAUGCAGAGGCGGAGCUGUUGGAGGCUGUGGAUCCUGCCGAGGUGAAUAGCAGCAGCAGCAGUAGCCAUGGCGGACCGAGUGGAGGCGGGUGGAUGAAGGAGGAAGAUGGGGCUUGAUAUCGAGUUUGGUUGCGUUUUUCUCUUUCUUUUUUUUCCCCCACUCUUUCGUCGUCGUCGUCACUAUCAUCGCAUGCUCCUUGCUAUCCGUGAUACCCCUCCCACACAAACAUUCUAUCAUCUCAUGCACCUACCACACUUGUGCACAAAAAAAUCAUUUUCGG